CGGGCCCCGUCGGGCACCCCGCCGCCGCGCAGGGGAGGUAGCUGUAUCCAGCUGGGUGGCAGGUGGAUCCAAGGGUCACCAUGAAGUUUGCAGGACCCCUGGAGAGCCAGAGGUUGUCUCUCCUUCUGGAGAUGGCAAUCUCUAGGGAAGCUCAGAUGUGGAAAGCACAUGUGCCGAAAAUUCAGCCCAAUCAGGAUGUAGCCAUUUCUCCAAAGCAGAGGGAUGAGGUCAUCCAGUGGCUGGCCAAGCUCAAAUACCAGUUCCACCUUUAUCCAGAAACGCUGGCCCUGGCCAUCAGCCUUUUGGACAGGUUUUUAGCAACAGUGAAGGCUCGUCCAAAGUACUUGAACUGUAUCGCAAUCAGCUGCUUCUUCCUCGCUGCAAAGACCAUUGAGGAAGAUGAGAGGAUUCCAGUACUGAAGGUGUUGGCUCGGGACAGCUUUUGUGGUUGUUCUCCAGCUGAAAUCCGCAGAAUGGAGAAGAUUAUCCUGGAUAAACUGAACUGGGAUCUUCACAUGGCAACGCCAUUGGAUUUCCUUCAUAUUUUCCACGCGGUUGCGGUGUCCAACAGGCCUCAGCUGCUGACCAUCCUGCCCAAGCUGAGCCCCUCCCAGCACGUGGCAGCGCUCACCAAGCAGCUGCUGCACUGCAUGGCCUGUUACCAGCUGCUGCAGUUCAAGGGCUCCAUGCUGGCACUGGCCAUCAUCAGCCUGGAGCUGGAGAAGCUGCUGCCCGACUGGCUGGCUCUCAUCAUCGAGCUGCUCCAGAAGGCACAGAUGGAUAGUUCGCAGCUGAUCCACUGCCGGGAGCUGGUGGCACAUCACCUUUCCACUCUGCACUCUCCUCUGCUGCCCAAUCCUGUAUAUGUCUACAGUCCCCUCCAGCACACCCUGGUGACCUGUAACAGAGGAGCAUUCAAACAGCAGCCCUCCUCUGUCCCAGGGCCAGGUUUCUCCAAGGACAACGGCAGGCCAGAAGCACCAGUCGCAGGUACAGCCGCGCUCUACCCGCGUCUGCCAGCCUCCAGUGGCUGCAAGCAAGCCUCUGCCAAGCGGAAGGUGGAGGAGAUGGAAGUGGAUGACUUCUACGAUGGCAUCAAGCGUCUGUACAACGAGGAGGUGGCUCCAGAGGCAGUGGCUCUCGAAAGCAUGGCCUCUGUCUGUGGCGCCGAUGUCUCGAGGCAGGAGGGCAGCGUGUCCCCCUGCCCACCCCUCCAGCCGGUGUCUGUCAUGUAGCUGUAGGCAAGCGCCGCCUGCUCCAGAGACCGCUUAGGACCUGGGGUCCUCAGUGGGGGCAGAAGGGGGCCAUACCUUGUCAGGCUGAACUGAAGGGAGCCAAAAACAGACCAAAAAAAAAAAAAAGACAAAAAAAAAAUCCCAACCCUUUUUGAUUUUUUUUCUUGUGCGGCUAAUUCUAGUUCCAGUAUUUAAGCACGUAAAAAAAAAACCACAAAAAAGUAUAAAAAAUCUUUAAAAAAUAGACCCAAAAACCAAGCAAAAAAAAAAAAGUAGCAAGAAAUUGUUUCCUUCUAGUGUUGUCAGUUCCACUGUUUUGCUGCUCCUGUGUCUUGUAACCCACCCUCUGCACCCAAGGGCUGCCAGCAGCCAUGACCAGCUGUGCCAGCCAACUCCACCUCUCUGAUCCAGAGAGCUUGAGGAGUCUCCUUCUCUGGAGACUUUCAAGACCAGUCCUGAUGUGUUCAGUCUGGUGUGGCCAGCCCUGGGGGAGCCAGCUGUGGCAGGGGGGUUGGACUGGAUGAUCUCUGGAGGUCCCCUCCAACCCCUACCAUUCUCUGGUUCUCUGCUCCUCUCCCGCUGCUUGCUCCUCUUUUGAUUCUUGCAGAGUCUCGUGCAUGAUGUCCUGUGGCACCUGACCUCACCACAGCUUUCUUUGCCCUCUCCCCCAAGAAAAAAAAGAUUUUUUUUUUUGGGUUUUGUUUCAUUUUGUUAGCACUUCGGUGUUUCAGUGAGAAUAUUUAAAAACUGGAUUGAACCAAAAAAGGUCAGUCAGGAAAAAAAAACAAAACCCAAGCCAGCCCUGAGGCUUUCGGGCAGGACACCAGGGCAGGCAGCUGCUGUGUUCUCUGCCUCACACCAAACCCUCCCCCUUCCCACACAGAAAGCAGUGAAGGGAUUUGGUAUCACUUGAACAAAAAGGGUCUUCUUUUUGUCUUGUUUGCACCAAGAAAUGUUGCACUCAGCCUGGAUUUUUCACCCACCCAUCAAGUGUAAACCUUUGAGCGUGGGGGGUUGCCACCUUUAUAAGCUCAGCAUGAGCAACGCUGCUGGGUGAGGCACUGGGGUGGCCGCCCAAGGUUUGAGAGCUGUCCUGGUCAGCUACAAAGCCCAACUGAAAGACCCUCACCCCACUUUUGUGUUCGCAUCACCCCUAACCAAGGCAAACGUCUCUUCAGUGUCCCACCCGUUUCUCAGAAUGACCUGUCCCAACCUAAGCUCUCUCCACAGCCCUGAGGAAGGUAUCGUGUUUGGAGCCAUUGUACUGCUGAAAGCCUUCUGGUAGCAAUAAAGAAAGUUGUC